UGGGAUUCAGAAGUCUUCGACUCAGUUCAGUCGAGAUGGUUGGAAGCGUGGCUGAAGGUAUUUCUAUGUCUUUUUCACAAUCCCAAGACCCUCAAGAGCUUUUUGCACCUGAGGGCCUUCCAUCGCCUCCUUCUUUCAGUCAUCUGCAUGUGAAUGAUCUGGGGCUUACACCUUCCCCUGGAUCGCAGCAGCAGCAGCAGCAGCAGCAACAGCAGCACCAGGCUGAUGCCACUCAUGCAUCGUCCCGAAAUGAAGAGCGUGAUAAACCCAAUGACGGAGUAGCCGACAAAACUGCGACAAAGGACUCUACGCAACAAGCAAAAGACUUGUCAACUGGCACGGAGGAGCCAUUAUACGAUCCUCUCUUCGAUUCGGACUUCGCUUUCCAGGACCUUGAGUCGGACUUUCUUUCGCAUAAACGCACUCAUAACGAAGCAUUUCCCGAAGAUUUCGGCGUUGGGGAACCCCUAGAAAAGCGACAGAAUCAGGAUGGAUUAAACUUGGGUGAUGCGCUUCCGGACGAGACCCCGUCUCUAACGCCUGAUUCAUCUCACCGGCCGGAAUAUGUCGAAACUGCCCUAAAUACGCCAGCCGGUAUAGAGAGGUCGCACACUCCAAAUUCAUUGUUUGGCUCUCUUGACCUUCUUUUCCCAGAGUCGGAGUUCCCCACGUCGUUGGAUAAUACGGUGCUAUUCGAUAAUCUCGCAAUUCGUCCGAGCCAUGCGGUAUCUCAGGAUCUAGGGCCAGAACCAGCUCCCACCAAAUCCGCUGAGUUGUCUACUGCAAUACAGUCUGCCAGCGACGUCACGCAACAACGGUUUUCCCUUGACGCGCAAGAUUUGCUUGCCAACACAAAUCGAGAGAUCUUACGGCGGGCGGACGAUGUACCGCAAUAUGUGUCCCCGUACCCUGAAUACAGAGGCUCCUUGGGUUAUCUUCCAUCGGCACCGAGUCUUCAUGUCAAGUGCGUUGAAGUUGUCGACGAGCGUAUGAACUACCGCAUGGAAUGUAUUCGCUCCAAGAACCACCAACUGAUACACGAGCGAAAUAAGUAUAAAAGCUUCUAUGACGAGUUUAGUACGGUGGAUCAGGCGACGGGAAAGACCAAGCAUCAGAUGCUUCACCAUGAUAAUGCGAUGCUUCGGCGCAAUGCUACCCGACACCAGAAACGGGUUGAUGGGUACAAAGAGGAGAUCGAGCAUUGGAAGAGCAAGCUACAUGAAGUUUCGAUGCUGUACAACAACCUCCUUUAUGAAGUUGCUAUUCAACGGAGACUUCCUGAAGUUGCACCUCCCCCAGCCAAGUACAGACCCCGACCGAUCCAGCACCAGCCACCCGCCGUUACAGAUCCUCCUCAUUCCUGCCCAGCACCAGCUUCCACGGAAGCUCGUAGCUCGCAAGCAGUUACAAUAGACCUUACGGAGGACGAUCCCAACACGGCCCCCAACCAUCCUCCCGAUCCUUCUCCGCCCUCUGGGGCAAACACAAAUAGCGGGGCGGAAGUACUCCAAUCCUUCCGACAGAAAAAUUAUUCCUGGCUCAAGGGACCAAACCAGGUGCCGAACGCCACGUAUCGGACGGGAUAUUCUCUCCAUAAUGCCAAUGGUGAUCGUGCGGCAACCGGAUCAAGAAGCGGUCAUACGUCAACCGACGAUCCUCAGCCUUCCUCUCCACAACGCGGGAACGAUGGCCAUGACGUUGAGCAAGAUGAACUGGCGCAGAUGAUGGAAGAGGAGCUUGGCCGGUAG